AUGAGAGAAGGAGAGAGCGGCGGCGAGCGGUUGAGGGUGAAACACGGUGAGGAAGAUGGCCAUGCCAUGGGAAGAGAUAAGGGGGAGAGCGUGGGUGGGUGUGUAUCCGGUGUUAAGGAGGGUUCUUCUCGAGAGGGGUUAGGAAAGCCAUCCAAAGUCUCUUUCAGAGAUAAAGUCAUUGGUGCAGAAAAGUCUAAGGCCUUUGCAUUAGUAGGGUCUUUAUCUGGGGAUGGUAUCGCGACGGUGACAGGUAAGCAGGGUGAUUCUCAUCCACCAAGUGUCAGUUUUACAAAGGAGGCAAAGAGCUGUCUAGCUGAACCUUAUAAGGAAGCCAUCGUGAUCAAGGUGCUGGAUAAGUAUUAUGGCUACACGGCUCUCAUGCAUAAGCUCCGGAUAGUAUGGCGCAUCAAAGGAGGGUUUGAUUUGUUGGAUGUGGAAUUUGGAUAUUUUUUGGUUAAAUUUGAUAUUGCUGCGAAUCGUGAGAAAGUCAUUCUUGGUGGCCCGUGGUUGAUAGACGGUCACUAUGUUGCAGUAAAGCCAUGGGAUGUGGAUUUUAGGCCAUACGAAAAAUCCUUUGGAUCAACGCUGGUAUGGAUUCGAGUCUCGGGACUUCCAAUUUGGUGCUACCAGGAACAAGCAAUGCUGCGAAUUGCUUCUGCAAUAGGGAUUCCGGUGAAAGUAGAUUUGGCUACUAAGCUUGCAGAAAGAGGAAAAUAUGCCCGAGCUUGUGUUCAAAUUAAUCUUGAGUUGCCUGUAAUCAAACAUAUUAUAGUGGAGGGUGUGACUUAUGAAGUGGAGUACGAGAGUUUACAGUUGAUUUGUGCUACUUGUGCACGGUAUGGGCAUGAUAAAUCGUUGUGCAUGGAGAAGGAGUCCUUGGAAGGAAACAUAAAUUUCUUUGGUGAUGGAAAAAAUAAUGAAGCCCCAACACUAGUGCCACACAACAAUCAUGAGAUUCAAAAAGAGGCUGAAUCAGAAGCUCGUGAUUUGGGUGAGAAAUUAGGAGUUGUUAAAGGGAAGGAUGUGGUUACGGAAUCAUUGGCUCCUCACGUGCCUGAUGGUCUUGUUAAUGAGGUAUGCAUGGAUGAUGGAGAGGGCUGGCAACAAGUGCUGCGUAAGAAAAAAUUUACAAUGGGCCAGUCAUCAGGUUUGAAGGACCAAGAUGGAAAGCAGAACAAGUUUGGUUCGAGAAGGGUUCCAAAGCCCAAUUUGCAUGGUGAUGGAGGCAAAUCAACUGGCAUUAGGAUGGGGAAGCAAGAAAAACAUGAAAUUGCGCCAUCUCCAUCGCGCAGAACUCCUGCACGUCGUGGAAUUUCUCUACGGAAGCGUCCUCGGCCUUCCUCCUUGUCCGGUGGGUUUCAAGCUUUCUUCUUCAAAGAAUAUUGGGAGAUCAUUGGUCUUGAUGUUUGGAAGAUGGUUAAGCAGGCAUUCUCCAGUGUUACUCUUGAUCCGAGAAUGUUGGAGACUUUACUGGUUCUCAUUCCAAAGGUUGAAUCACCGUAUACUAUGUAUUCGUAA